AAGAGACAGCGAUCAGCCCGAAGACACGACGUCACCGUCGAAUUUUUUUUGGAUCAUUUGCGGUCGUUUCUGUUAUACUUGAGAUCAAUUGAGAUAUAUAGCUUGUUUGUGCUUGCUUAUUGCAAAGAGCCUCUUUUCCUUUCUCUCUCGCGGGGCCUAUUUGUCGCCACGGAAAAUUUCUGCUCUCCUGAGGUCCUUCCAAUCCCUGGCGGCCUAGUUACGAUUUCUCGACAACGAAGCGGUGCAAUUUUAUCGCUCUGUGAUCCGACUUCGCCAACGUCUUCUCGCCUUUCAAAAUGUCAGAUGACGAAUGUCUGGACGAAUACGACGAUGAAGAUGUUUUCUGGAUUGAGGAACCAGAUCCAACCAUUGCUGAUGAUUUAGCUGAAGCCGCUACCCACGACGCGUUGUACGUCGAUGAUCCCGCCCUCGACGUAGAGGACUUUUACAGUGAUUGGGACGAAUUGUCGGAUGAUUAUUAUGACGACGACCCAACCAUUGAAAAGAGGCGACGCAUGAUGGAUAUAACGAAGAACAGCGGAUAUUCCAGAGAAUUGCUUGAGGAUAUUCAGCGACAAGAAUUGCUGGAACAGAAGACAUUGGUGCACCGGCUACAUCGCGGCGGAGUUGUCGCAGAAUCACCAGCAUUCAAGACAGACCAGGCAUCUUUUCAAGCAGUGGUAUGGAAGAGCUCCGAUGACAAGAAAAACACGGCCGCUUUGUAUGAGCCGGGUGAUGGGGAGAAGGUCGCACUGCUAAAGAAUUGGCGAGAGGUGUUUCGAAAUUCUCAUCCUGCCCUACGUCUGCGCAAGCGGGGCCAUCUCAAGGCGGACAAGGAACACACUCGCUCUCGAUUAAUCGGCACCAUAUUACAAAAAGAAAGCCAAAAGGAAGACAGUUCAGACUGCACCUCUGGCGCCUCGCUGGAUAAUCUUCGCGAAACUGACGCUGCCUCCGACAAUAGCCUGGCAUCGACUCCUCCGGAGUCUGUGUCAUCGAUUCCGCUACAUAGAAUCAGAGCGAUGGAAUCAAUCACCAGCGUGCCCGUCGUUCCCGAAUUGAACGACUUUACGCGCUCUCUUGAAGACCAGGAAAUGUACGAUAUCGCCACGAAACAAGUUGAAGCCGAACCGACCGAUGUUGCGGGCAACGGCUCAUCGCUUUCUUCCGGGAAGCAUCGGAAACGUAAGGCUUCGGAUCUUGCCGAGGAGCAUCAGGAUAACAGCACCGAUGCUUCCAAGAGGUUAAGCUGGCAAAAAAGGAACUGCCGCGACUGCAUCAUCGGGCCCGGGCAGAAGAUCAACCAGGCAGAAGACGAAUCAGAAAUAAACCGGUACAUGAACCGACAAGGCCUAAAUUGGGCUAUACGUAUAUUUAGAUAAUGCAAGAAUUAGAUGCCAAAGGAUUUCGAUU